AUGGACUUGCGUCGAAACUCAUGCAUCGUACCCUCCAAUGCACCAUCACUACACGACAGUCUCUUUGAAGACACGGCAGUUUCAAGACCCAUAUUGCAGGAGCGAUGCAACAACCGCCAGCAAGAGUUCACUCUAGACUCACCCAUAGACCUGAACGACCGUCCGAAGCAUCAUGGGCUCUAUCAACAGCCCGAAAACUAUUAUGGCGGCACGGUACAAGGCUACCUAGAUCCUCACCCUUCUGGCGGCAGCAGCAGCAACAGCAGCAGCAAUUAUGCGGCUGCGGCAAUGUUCAUGGGCGAUGAUGCAGAUGACAGGAUCAGCAAGGAAGUAGCACGACUGUGGCGAAUGCUAAACGCGUCCGACGCGUACCGGAAAUAUCGCGCUCGCCAACCAAAGGACUGCAGGAAGGACUGCAGAGACCAGGAGCAGAAAUGGCCGGAGCGUAUGGAAAUGGCGUUCUUCGCUGCUCUCGUUAAAUAUCCCCCCAUGGGCCGUCGAAAACAGAUGCACGAGGGCAAGCUCCGUGGCCGAAACGAGCUCAUAGCUUAUGCGAUUCAGAAGUGGACAGGCGAAUCCCGUACACGGAAACAAGUCUCAAGCCAUAUCCAAGUUCUCAAGCCACUGUUCCAAGAUAUACCCAAGAUCAUGAAGUACAUGUCAAAAGAAGACAUUCAUGGUAGGCGGCAUGCACGGGUUCACUCUGACCCGAACGCACUACGACGACGGAUGGGUCCUCCUAUGGGCCCUCCGGCCAAGUAUGAUCCACUUAGCCAAGGGGGCGCCUAUCCAAUAUCGCCCUUACCGCCUCCGCAUCAUAUGCUCACUUCCAACGUUCCUUCUGCAAACCUUCCAGUUCUUGAGCCUUGUAAUUUUUCGAUGUAUGUUCGUGACCCGACCCACAACCCACCGCAUGAGUUGCAUUUUUUCACGAGGGUCGACAAGCGCUCCAACCAAGGCGGGAUUUUCGCGACAGAGGCGCAUCAAUCCUCGAUGCCGCAACGGCUAGACAACAUGCUCGACGAGAAAAGCCUCGGGUGCGACGUUAUUCUUGCCGACGUAGCCAUCGAGCUGAUGGAGCAAACGCUUCCUAAGGACGCCGAACUAGGCAUCCAACUCGAGUUCAGCCUGAAUUACGACCCCACCGCGUACGACUUCAUCUCUCACACGCGCCUGUUUGAGGGCACCGAUCUCGCCCAUGAAUGCAAGGGCCAGCUGGGCUACGACUCGCAGCACAAAUGCUUGCACGCCGUCCCCGGCACCUUCGGCAGCGCCUUCUGGGCGCGCAAGUUCGCGGAAUUGUCCUGCAUUAUGCGAACGAUCAACAAAAAGACUAGCGUACUGAUUCCAGGCAAAGGGCAAACGGUUGAAGAGGAGGCCCAGCGUCUCAGAGACCAGGUACGCAACACGCUAGCGGGGCUCUCAGCCGUGCAGGAGAUUUCCGCUAUGCCCCGAGGCGGCUUCGUCAACCCCGAACGCAUCUUGGUCGUAGGAUGGACGUUCCGGCACGCGGAGCGCGGCCACCCGGGCGACACGACGUGGCGACGUCUGUUGCUGCCCGCCGCGGCGCCAGUCGGCGUGUACAAGGAGGAGCAAGGGCUGAAGCAGGAGGCGUACGGGGGGCUACCAGGGCUAGACGUAGGGCCAGGGGGGAUGAUGGGGGCACCGGCGACGCAAGCGCCCGCGCACGCAUUCCCAAUGGACCAGCACGGGUUCGAGCUAGAUCCGCUGACGGGGAUGAAUCUCACGGGGCUGCCACUAGGCGGCGGGCCAGGCAGCGGACAGGCGCCUCCCAUGCCGCCCGACAUGGGCGGGCAGCCGGUGCAGGACAGCAACGGGCUGGACAUCACGGGCGGGCACAUCAACAUCUUCAUGGAGCCGCCCAUUGCGCUCCAGAACGGCUACUACGACAUCGCGGCGCACGCGCCCCUCGACCAGAACGCCGUCCCGCCACCCCCGCAGCACUACGACCACUUGCAGCAGGCGUACCCGCGCCACUGGUCCGGCUACGGCGCCAUGCUCGAGCAGGACAUGUAUCAACAGGCCACGGCCGGCGCGUACGAUCCCACGGCCGCGCAGCAGUAUGGCGAUCCGCAUGCGCAGAUGCGCGACGCAAAGCAUGGCAUGCAUGGGGGGCAGUAUUUGGAGCCGGGGAUGCCGGGCGGCAGGAGAGACAGCGGGAUGCUCGGUUUGUAA